AUCCAAACAAAAUUUGGAUAACGUCCCAUUGAAUAAAACGCGAAGAAUAAGAAGAAGGCUUGUGUUUUGGAAAAUUAUUUUGCAUAUUUUUGUUGGAAAAAGGAGUUUUUGAGGCAAAUUUUGGAUUUGAUCAGUUUGUGGAGUGCUCAGGAACAGGAGAAUAAUGUCGAGGCAGGGCAGCCGAUUGGAUUCCAAGAAAGUGACGUCUGACUACUAGCCCAACUUGCCCAAAAGACUCCUUCCUCGCCAUUUAGCAUGGACGCAAGCGCCAGCACUGACAUGGCCGGUACUUCUGGGCAGCUUCAGGUACUGCCACUGAGUCAGGUUCUGUCCGGAACUAGCGGGCAGCCUAUUCUGGUGCAAGCUCUGCCCCAGCAGAUUUCAACUAGCACACAGCCUAUGCAGAUGCUCCCACUGGCUCAGCUUCAGCAAUCCGGUGCCCAGUUAAUGGUCCAACCAACUGCCGCUGCACAGCCUCAGGCUCAGUUUAUCCAACUGGCAGAUGGUCAGACACUAGUGGUGCAUCCUCUGCCUGGAAUUGGGGUGUCAGAGGGCACUGUGGCCAAUCAGCCGCAGCUGAUCAACAUCAAUGGGAACCUCCUGCAGUUGCCGGUGACUCAAAAUGCCAGCACAUCAAUUGCCCAGCCACAGGUAAUGAUGGUAGCCACGGAUGCGUCUCAGCAGCAGUCCCAAGGUGUCAAAGUCACCCAUCAGCCAACCUCCUUGACCACCCAGACCACUCCCUCCGCCUCUACAGUCACCACGGCCAGUAGCAGUGCCAGCGCCGAAUCUGAGGAUCAAAUUCUCUACGUCAAUGCCAAACAGUACAAGCGAAUCCUCAAGAGGCGACAGGCCAGGGCCAAACUCGAGGCCCAGGGUCGCAUUCCCAAGGAACGCUCCAAGUAUCUCCAUGAAUCCAGGCACAGGCACGCCAUGAACAGGAUCCGUGGCGAGGGUGGCCGGUUUCACUCGGGCAGCAGCCAAUCAAAGAACUAAUUGCAACUCCUCUGAAUGUGCUCGAUGGGAAUUCAAUGAGCUCGGAGCUACUCACAUUGACUUACGGCGCUUUGGUGUCGCAAAUGCUGAGAGACU